AUGGGGUUCUGGACAGACUGGGAGCUAUGGGAGCAGAUGUGCUUCGUCCUUGGCUGCCUCAUUACCCUGGUCUUGCUAUACGGCACAGGUGUACAUAUCUACAACAGCUGGAGGAUAAAAAAGAUCGGAGCGGCAGAAGCACUGAAGAGAAGCCGGGAGGAAGAGACCGUUGGCACGAAGGAUCUUGAUCUCAUCCCCUUUGGAUCUCGGGCCCUCGAGAGUGGAAUCGAAAUCGAGGGAAUCUGGGUUUCCAGGACCAAUACCCCCCACGCGAGUCCGAUACCCGCUGCUACUCCUGAGGGUACUAGGCCAGCUAGUCCUGCGUGCAGCAACUUGAGUCUUGGGCCCGUAGCUGUUUCUCGGGAAGAAAGUCCGGGAGCAGCGGGAUCGAUAUAUCCAGACAACGGAGAAGAAGAGAUAUUUGUUGAAGCAAAUGAACAUAGUGUGGCAGCUGGAGAGCCGGAAAACGUAGGGAAAAAGGAUAGUUCGGGCUCGUCUAGCACGGCAGUUUCAGAUGGGAUCAGUCAUCGGUCAUCACCGCUAGAAUACCUUGAGAACGAGAAUAUUGAACAGACACGACGAACCGAGUCAAGGGCUGUAUCUACUAGCAGCCGCGCCAUCCUCCCUCACUCGAGAAACCAGUCUACUAGCCAUAUCCCAGUAGACGGCGAUGAAGACCACCUACGAGCACUGCACAGCCACAGGCAGUCCCAUGUAGCCGAGACUGGCCAGCUGGGAGGAUCCUGGAGGCACCAAGCAGUCCCACGGACAGGCCUAGAAUAA